GGGCGGUGCUCCCAGCUGGCUGAGUCCGGCUCGCGGCGGGGACCGUGCGGACUGAGGCCCAGGCGUGGGUGGGGCCCUCGGCGGAGGCGUGAAGUGCGCCCGGCGCGGGACAGCCGGGAGGGGACGAGCGGACCGCAGGCUGUGCUGUCUCCAGGGCACCAUGAACGCCAUCGUCGCCCUCUGCCACUUCUGUGAGCUCCACGGCCCCCGCACUCUCUUUUGCACGGAGGUUCUGCACGCCCCUCUUCCGAAGGGGGCUGGGGACAGCCCUGGCCAGGGGGAGCAGGCCGAGGAGGAGGAGGGUGGCAUCCAGAUGAGCAGUGGCAUCUGCACGCACAGCCCAGCGGAAGGGGCCAGCACGGAGUCCAGCAGCCCAGGACCCAAGAAGUCGGACAUGUGCGAGGCAAGUGUGGGGGGCUGGGCCGUUUCUCUCCCCCCAGGACGCGCGCUUGUGCUGGAGGCCUCCUGGGGGCAGCAGGGGCCGUGGUGCAGUGGAUGGGCCUCCCAGGAGUGUGGUCUCCAGUGGUGUGUGCAGACCGUUCUCCAUGGAGGGAGUUGGCUGCUUUUAUGUCCUUCUAGCUCUUUCCCUUCAUCCUAGCCUCAGCCUUUCAACCCGCCCUGUCCCAGCCAACUGUCGCCACCACCAUCCCAUUUGCCGUUCAGCCUCCCCACCACACGCUCUGUUCACACUCGUGUCCACAUUGGCCCAUCCCAGGCUCCGAUUCUCUCUGGCUGGUGUUCUCGGCGCUUCCUCCUCGUGGGGUCCUAGGGCUCCUGCGUGCUGCUUUGUGAGCUCUGGGAAGCGGAGUUUAAGUUCCCUCACCAGGUCACUUCUUCACGUGAGGGACCUGGGUUGGGCCCUGCCAUCAGAGGCAGUGUUGGAUUCUGGCUCACACUGAUGCUGAUACCUGUGGCCUCUUCCUGAGACUCCUGCCAAGUGGCUGUGUCAACACCAAGGACAGAUGCCAGCACAGCCCGCUAUGCGCCACUCGCAGCUGUGAGCCUCAGUUGUCCCUUCUGUAUGAUGGGCAGUCUCACUAAUUUUCUCAUAAGUCUGGUCUUUGGAUUAAAGAGAGAAUGUGUGUGGAGCUUUUUGUUGUUGUUAAUCCUCACCCAAGGAUAUUUUUCCCAUUGAUUUUUAGAGAGAGUGGAAGGGAUGGGGGAGAGAAACAUCGAAGUGAGAGAGACACAUCGAUUGGUUGCCUCUACCACAUGCCCUGACUGGGGCUGGGGAUUGAACCUGCAACCCAGGUACAUGCCCUUGACCAGGAAUCAAAACGGUGACCCUUUGGUGCGUGGGCUGACUCUCUAACCACUGAGAACACCGGCCAGGGCCGUAGAGCUUUCUUAACACCUGCUACGUAAGUGCUCAGUAUAUUGGAUCUGUUACUCGUCCCCUGUGAAACCUUUGUGGUCCUUGCAUCCUGGGUGUCCUCGUCAGGAAACAGCGAAAUCCUCAGGGAAGUAUAACUGGCAUGCAGUUAGGACUGUAUGGAGUCUCCGCUUCAGCUCUGCACAGGGCAAGAAAGCAUGGUGCCUGCUUCCCGCCUAACUGGUUUUCUUUUCCUUCUCGUGGGCAGGGCUGCCGAUCACUUGCUGUGGGGCAUCCCGGGUACCUGAGCCACGAUAAAGAGACUUCGAUUAAAUAUGUCAGCCAUCAGCACCCCAGCCACCCCCAGCUCUUCAGCAUUGUCCGCCAGGCCUGCGUGCGCAGCCUGAGCUGUGAGGUCUGCCCUGGCCGCGAAGGCCCUAUCUUCUUCGGGGACGAGCAGCACGGGUUUGUGUUCAGCCACACCUUCUUCAUCAAAGACAGCCUGGCCCGCGGCUUCCAGCGCUGGUACAGCAUCAUCACCAUCAUGAUGGACCGCAUCUACCUCAUCAACUCCUGGCCCUUCCUGCUCGGGAAGAUCCGCGGGAUCAUCGAUGAGCUCCAGGGCAAGGCGCUCAAGGUGUUUGAGGCAGAGCAGUUCGGGUGCCCACAGCGCGCCCAGAGGAUGAACACAGCCUUCACCCCAUUCCUGCACCAGAGGAACGGCAACGCCGCCCGGUCGCUCACCUCCUUGACCAGCGAUGACAACCUCUGGGCGUGCCUGCACACCUCCUUCGCGUGGCUCCUGAAGGCGUGCGGCAGCCGGCUGACGGAGAAGCUCCUGGAGGGCGCGCCCACCGAGGACACCUUGGUCCAGAUGGAGAAGCUCGCGGAUUUAGAAGAGGAAUCAGAAAGCUGGGACAACUCGGAGGCUGAAGAGGAAAAAGCCUCUGUCUUGCCAGAGGGUGCGGAGGGCCGGGAGCUGACCAAGUGUCCCACAGCUUCCUCCUCGCUCUCAGACUGUGAGAGCUGGCAGCCCCGAAAGCUGUCCGUCUUUCAGUCCCUUCGGCACAUGAGACAGGUCCUGGGUGCCUCGUCUUUUCGCAUGUUGGCCUGGCACGUUCUCAUGGGGAACCAGGUGAUCUGGAAAAGCAGGGACACAGACCUUGUCCUGUCAGCGUUUGAAGUUCUCCGGACCAUGCUGCCCGUGGGCUGUGUGCGCGUCAUCCCUUACAGCAGCCAGUACGAGGAGGCCUACCGCUGCAACUUCCUGGGGCUCAGCCCCCACGUGCAGAUCCCCACCCACGUGCUCUCCUCAGAAUUUGCUGUCGUAGUGGAGGUCCACACAGCCGCUCCCUCCAGCCUCCCCCCGGCUGGGUGUGAGGACGACCAGUCUCUGAGCAAGUACGAGUUCGUGGUGACCAGUGGGAGUGCUGUGGCUGCAGACCGAGUGGGCCCGACCAUUCUGAAUAAGAUGGAAGCUGCUCUAACCAACCAGAAUCUGUCUGUGGACGUGGUUGACCAGUGCCUCAUCUGCCUCAAAGAAGAAUGGAUGAACAAAGUGAAGGUCCUUUUCAAAUUCACCAAGGUGGACAGUCGGCCCAAAGAGGACACGCAGAAGCUCCUGAGUAUCCUCGGAGCAUCUGAGGAGGACAACGUCAAACUGCUCAAGUUCUGGAUGACAGGCCUGAGCAAAACCUACAAGUCCCACCUCAUGUCCACGGUCCGGAGCCCCCCGACCACAGAGCCUCGUAAUUGACCCACCAUGGAAGUCAGUGCCUUCUGGGAAGUGGUGAUGGCCAUCCUUGCCAUUGCACUCAGAGAUUGGGUGUCUGGUGGCCAUCCUAGGCUGUCCCAUCCUGCACUGCUGGCACGGAGCUGUGUCCGAGCAGGGCAUGCAAACUGUUGGGGCUGAACUAUGCCUGUGUGUGGGAUUUGGGUGUGGUGAGUUCUUGGGAUCAUCCCACCGGCUGUUUCCAUUGCUCCAGCCUGAAGAGGACCGUGGGAGACUUGUGACAAGGACAGGCCCCUGCACCGGUGCACCCUGUGAGAGAAGACGAAGGAAACUGUGUCUCCUGUCGCUCGUGGACUUAGAUCUCAACUUUUAUAGGGAAGACACGUCAGGCCAGACCUGACCUGGGUAUUUUCGCCACAAUAUCAUACUUUCUCUUGAGGUUAACAUUCAAAACUUUCUGUUCUGAAAUGCAGCAAGAGUUCUCCAGGCAUUAAAUGCACACAUGUAGUAUCACUACAGUUGUGGAUUUUCAAGACAGGUGCUGAUCCUUAGUCAUUUUUAGUAACCUGGUUUUGAGUUAGGGCUCUGGGACAGGCUUUUCGAGUAAAGAGGAGGUAUUCCUCAUCGGUGGGUCCUUGGGGACUCAUGUUCUGAAGUCAUGUGACUACCAAGUCUUCUGGCCAUGCUGUCCUGGUAUUGCUUUGAAAUUACCCUAUAGUUUGAGGUCAAGCCCCUGAUCUUUGUUACACAAAGAUGACACUUUGCCGAAAUGUUCCUGGAGCCAUUUGACUUGCCCAGCUCACUGUGUACUCUUCCACGUCACUUUGUUUUUAUUGCUUCUUUACACACAUUUGGCUGCAGUUAAUCUUCAGAGCAUGGUGACUUAAGGUAAGAUCAUCUCAUCCUCUCUGCAUUUUUAUAAGGGUUCAUGGUUUGGAGGGAUUUUCCAGCAGUUUUGCUGAUUUGUUUAGUUUUUGUUUAUUUAUAUUUAACAUGAAGACUAAGUAUAUGACUAGGUAUCUGUAUUAUGUAAGAACAUUGAAACAAUAAAUAUGUAUUUUUAUAACUUAUUGACCACAUGGUUUCAUAACUAAAGUUUUCUUGGGAUCAAUCACAGAAAAUAUGGUUAAAAUAACACCAGUAAUGAUAUAAUUAUUUUGGAACUUGAGUCUGUUAAAGGCUUACAACUUCCAGGGAAAGACUGGUAAACUGGUUAAUUUUGGUCAAUUUCAGCUCUUUGCACAGUAGCAGCUACCCCUCCCCUACCCCCAGCUGCAUGGCAGGCAGUGUUCAGCAGCUUGCACACAGCGUGGGAGCUAGGAUGGUAAAAGGGACCCUGUCCUAACUAUUAGGGAUCUGUGCUCCCAUCACUGAUUGCUACCUCUGAUCACAAAGGUGCAGGCAAAGAGAUUGGCAGCCGUUGUUGUUGCACCUCUCCCCUUGUUGCAAGCCCCUCCUCUAGCUGAAGUGACUAGUGGGAGACUUAAUGGGCUGUGUCCUCCUCCACCCACUUCAGUUUUUGCUUUUCUCCUUUCAGGAGCCAGAUAUGAAAGACUCUGACAUUCAAACAUAACCACGCAUAUGGGGGAAAUUAGAAGGUGGCUGCAUACCCACUGUUUACUCAGAAAGGACAUGAGAAAAACAAGUUUACACCUCUGGCCUAUUCUUGACAAAGAGACAGCUGACAGCAAUAAAAAUAAGUG